CCGAUUUUGAAUUGUAAAAGAGCCCGCUCUUCUCCCCACUCUCACUUCCUUUCUGUUCUGUUUCGCUAUUCUCUCUCAACAAAAGUCAGGAAAACCACGCGCCUUGAGAGACGGAGGACGGUAAACGAGAGAUCUCACUUCUCAUUCCUCUCAACAAAAUCGCAGAGAAACCAGAGGAUUUCACCGAGUUACGAACCGGCGGAGAGAGUCGGAGAUGGCGACGAAGAUCGGGAUGAUGGAUGCGGCGUACUUCGUCGGCAGAUCGGAGAUUCUCGCUUGGAUCAACUCCACUCUCCAACUCAAUCUCUCCAAAGUCGAAGAGGCGUGCUCUGGAGCGGUUCACUGUCAGCUUCUGGACGCUGUUCAUCCAGGGAUGGUGCCGAUGCACAAGGUCAAUUUCGAUGCCAAGAGCGAGUACGAGAUGAUUCAGAACUACAAGGUCCUUCAGGAUGUGUUCAAUAAACUCAAAAUCACAAAGCAUAUUGAAGUAAGCAAGCUUGUGAAAGGGAGGCCUCUGGAUAAUCUGGAGUUCAUGCAGUGGCUGAAGCGCUACUGCGAUUCCGUCAAUGGUGGCCUUGUCAGUCACAGUUACAACCCAAUCGAGAGAAGAGAGGGUAGCAAGGGUGGAAAAGAAGUAGGGAAGAAAGGUCCACCGGCUCAAACUUCGGCCAAAGGCACUGCGGCUGCCCCCAAAGCACAGUCCCACCACGGUCGAAGGCAUGAGUCUUCUUCUUCAGUGAACUCCAACUCGUCUUCAACCCUAAACGUGAAGGCUGCUAGACCUCCACCGCCUGCACCAGCAUAUGAAGAACAGAUCACAGAACUGAAGCUAUCCGUGGAUAGCCUUGAGAAGGAAAGAGACUACUACUUUGCCAAGCUGAGAGAUGUUGAGCUUUUCUGCCAGAGCCCUGGUCUUGAAGGACUGCCUGUUAUUGCUGCAAUUCAGCAGAUAUUGUAUGCUGCAGACAACGAUGGGUCAGCAGUUGCAGAGGCUCGAGCCAUGAUGUCUCUAAACUGUCAGGAGGAGAAUGAAGAAGCAGGGUCCUUGAGUCCCAUCCCAGAGGUGUUAUCAUCAGAGGAGAAGAUGGUGAACCCAGAUUCUCAGAAGAGGAAGAGCAUUAGAAACCUGGAUGUGGAGGCAGCUGGCAUCAAUAACUUGUCUCCUAGGCAAAGGUUCCCAGAUGCUACUGAUGUCCAUUGCAGUGGGUCACCUCUUAUGACUUACUGAUCUUUGAUUUACUCUGCAGCUUGGUGUAGCCAUGAUUGGACUUUCCCAUUUCCUUUCUCUGUGUUGGACCUUGUGUGGAAGAAUCUUCUUCUUCCAUCUAGGUUGUUACUACUAUUACAACUGCAUAAUGUAGGUUUUUUAUCAACAAGAAGUGAUGCUUAGGAUUUAUGUAACUCUGUGGUAUAAUACUUGGCCGCCUGCAUCUAUGUUUGAUGGAAUAUUAUGGGUAAUUAGCAUAAACGGUCACAAAAUUUUGCAUUUUGUUUAAAACGUUUACAAUUUUUUUUAUUUUACAUGAUGCGGUAAAGCAUAUUUGAGCAUAUAACAAAUUGGUUAUUUCGUCCAU